AUGACCAUGCCAUUGCGGAAAGGGAAGCACUUUAUGAGUUCCCUUCUGCGAGUCGCACCCCGACCCGUAAUCUCGCAUUGCCGGGGUCUGACCCGGUUUGAUGACGAGACAAGGCAGAGGGCGCGUCUGGAAUGGCGCGUCAUCGCAGAUGGCGAAGUUAACAAGGGCCUAGCUUUCACCAUCGAAGAACGACAGCGGUUGGGCAUCCUCGGACUAUUUCCUGGCUCCGUGCGGACCAUGGAGGACCAGCUGGCUGCCGCCAAGGCCAACCUUUACGCCCGACUCAACAAUUUAAGUCGUGCCCAUUACUUGAACGCACUACACACUCGCCACAAGAGGCUCUACUACCGAUAUCUCAGGGACAACAUUGACGAGUGUAUGCCUAUUAUUUACACUCCGACGGUGGGCGACAUUGUGGAGACCUACGGAUUGAACUUUCAGUUCGCCACGAGCAUGUACAUCAACAUCACCGAUCGUGGCCACAUAAAGGACGUGCUGCAGAACUGGGUCGAGGAGGACGUGAUGGCGGUGUGUGUCACGGACGGCGGUAGGAUAUUGGGCCUGGGGGACAUGGGCGCCCAUGGAAUGGGCAUAUGCUGCGGAAAGAUGAUGUUGUACACGGCUUUGGCCGGUAUCCAGCCCAGGGUUCUUCUGCCCAUCUGCUUGGACGUUGGCACCGACAAUGAGGACCUACUGCAAGAUCCAUUGUAUGUGGGUCUGCGCAUGCCAAGAGUUAAGGGUGCUGAGUACGAUGAGUUUGUUGACGAGUUUGUAAAGGCGGUAAUCCAUCGCUAUGGCGCCCAGACCCUCAUUCACUUCGAGGACUUUGCCACUCCGAAUGCCUUUAAGUUCUUGGAUAAGUAUAGACAUUCUUACUGUUGCUUCAACGACGAUAUACAAGGAACAGGAUGCACCGGUUUGGCUGGUUUCCUCAACGUGGAGAAGGUCACUGGUAAAAAGCUGGACGACACCAUCUUUCUCUUUGUCGGUGCCGGCAGUGCAGCCGUCGGAAUUAUUCAAAUGUUGGUUAGCGAGCUGUCACGUCGAGGCGUUUCCGAUGACGUUAUUUCGAAAAAUAUUUACGUUUUCGAAGCCACUGGACUACUGACCUGCGAUACUGAAAAUGUACCGGAAAUAAUGAAGCGUUUCCAAAAGCCGGUGGAGCCACUGACUGAUUUGGCGGCCGUAGUGGAUUUUGCGAAGCCCAAUAUUCUAUUGGGUGCCACCGGCAAGGCAAAUAUUUUCACCGAACAGGUGCUCAAGAACAUGGCCAAGCACAACAAGCAACCAGCAGUUUUUGCCCUUUCCAAUCCAACAGUACUAUCGGAAUGUACUGCCGAACAGGCUUACACACAUACUGAGGGUCGAGUGCUUUUCUGUUCCGGAUCGCCGUUUCCGCCGGUGGUCAUUGACGGGAAACGCUUCGAGCCCGCCCAGGCAAACAAUUGUCUCACCUUUCCGGGCAUCGCACUAGGGGCCAUUUCUUCCAGUGCCCGCACCCUGCCGGAUGAACUGUACUCGGUGGUGGCUCAUGAGCUUUGCAAAAACACAUCGCAGAAGCGGCUGGACUCUGGAGCUCUCUAUCCCACCAUCAAGGACGCCAGUGAUGUGGCCUUCAAGGUCGGAGUAGCUGUGUCCGAAUUCGUAUUCAAGAAUAAUCUUUCUCAUAGAAGCGUUAGUCCCAAAAAUAUCAACGACUAUGUGAAGAGCCGUCAGUACAUUUUGGAGUACCGGGACGCCUUGCCACCCAUGUGGCCCUAUCCGGAAGAGCCAAAGAUUCCGGAACCAAAACAGAAGAAGAAAAAGUGAGCUUGGAGCUUAGACGUGGACCUAAAUUUUCUUUUUUGAAUUGUGACGAAGCAUUGAUUUUGAUUUUGUGCAAUUAGUUCAACCCACACACACACUGGCAUUUAUGCAAACACAUGCACACGAGAGGACACGAUAAAUGCCCGACAUUUUAACGUUAUUAUUGUCCUGUCAACGGGAAGCCAGUUGACAUGCCCGUGCUACUGUGUGUGUGUAUCCUGCUGAUUUGCAUAUAAAAUAGGACGAAAUGUCUGCUCACCAAAAAUGUCAA